UCGAGCGCAUGAAAAGUCGUGUGUGUGUGGGAGAGUUUAACAGUUGGGGGAAUUUUUUUUAGAGAACUUAAUUUAAAAACGAAUUAAAAUAUAAAAUUGGUUAUUAUUUCAUCAAAAAGGUGACAACAAUAAAAAUCGCAAAAUUUGUUUAAAAACGUUGCCUUUAAACGGUGCUAUAUUUAUUAAAGUAAAUAAUGGCAAGUUUAAUGCGUGUGCCAUCGAUUUUGGCAAAAAAUGCGGCUGCAAUGCUUAGAGUAUCAGCUGUUGUGCCACAACGAGCUUUGCAUAUUACACAUGGAAACAAGAAUGCAUCUUCGAAACCUGAUGCCAUCUCGAAGGAAUAUCCAAUUGUAGAUCAUGCAUAUGAUGCUGUCGUGGUUGGCGCUGGCGGUGCUGGCUUGAGAGCCGCUUUCGGUUUAGUGGCUGAAGGUUUUAAGACAGCCGUUGUGACGAAACUCUUUCCUACUCGCUCUCACACAAUUGCAGCUCAGGGUGGUAUUAAUGCUGCCUUGGGUAAUAUGGAGGAUGAUGAUUGGAAGUGGCAUAUGUAUGAUACUGUAAAGGGUUCUGACUGGUUGGGUGAUCAAGAUGCUAUUCAUUAUAUGACACGUGAAGCCCCAAAGGCUGUUAUAGAGUUGGAGAAUUAUGGUAUGCCCUUUUCACGUACACCAGAUGGAAAAAUUUAUCAGCGUGCUUUUGGAGGACAAAGUUUAAAGUUCGGUAAAGGCGGACAAGCACACAGAUGUUGUGCUGUAGCUGAUAGAACUGGACAUUCAUUAUUGCACACACUAUACGGACAGUCUUUAAGCUACGAUUGUAAUUACUUUGUCGAAUACUUCGCUCUUGAUUUACUUUUCGAAAAUGGAGAAUGUCGUGGAGUUAUCGCCCUGAACUUGGAAGAUGGCACCCUUCAUCGUUUCCGUGCACGCAAUACUGUCAUUGCUACUGGAGGUUAUGGUCGUGCGUAUUUCUCUUGUACUUCUGCUCACACAUGUACUGGUGAUGGUACUGCCAUGGUCGCUCGUCAAGGUUUGCCCUCACAAGAUUUGGAAUUUGUACAGUUCCACCCUACUGGUAUUUAUGGCGCCGGAUGCCUCAUUACUGAAGGCUGUCGCGGUGAAGGUGGCUACUUAGUCAAUGCCAAGGGCGAACGUUUCAUGGAACGUUAUGCUCCAGUUGCCAAGGAUCUGGCUUCUCGUGAUGUUGUGUCUCGUUCAAUGACUAUUGAAAUAAUGGAAGGCCGAGGAGUUGGUCCCGAAAAGGAUCAUGUUUAUUUGCAAUUGCACCAUUUGCCUCCAGAGCAAUUGGCUCAACGUUUGCCAGGUAUAUCGGAGACUGCCAUGAUUUUUGCUGGUGUUGAUGUAACCCGUGAACCCAUACCAGUCUUACCUACUGUUCAUUACAAUAUGGGCGGUGUUCCUACCAACUACAAAGGGCAAGUGCUAACCAUUGAUGAGAAUGGCGAUGACAAAGUGGUGCCUGGCUUGUAUGCUGCCGGUGAAUCUGCCUGUUCUUCAGUACAUGGUGCCAAUCGCCUAGGUGCUAAUUCCCUAUUGGAUUUGGUUGUUUUCGGUCGUGCUUGCGCAAAAACUAUAGCCGAAGAGAACAAACCAGGUGCCACACCACCUUCGUUGAAAGACAAUGCUGGUGAAAUGUCUGUUGCCAAUUUGGACAAGUUGCGUCACGCUAACGGUAGUAUUACAACUGCUGAUUUACGUUUGAAAAUGCAAAAGACUAUGCAACAUCAUGCUGCUGUAUUCCGUGAUGGUCCAGUACUUAAACAAGGUGUUGAUAAAAUGUGUGAAAUCUAUAAACAAUUCAAGGAUGUCAAAGUUGUCGACAAAUCCAUGGUUUGGAAUUCCGAUUUAGUUGAAACUUUGGAAUUGCAAAAUCUCUUAGCUAAUGCUAGAAUGACCAUUGUAGCUGCUGAAAAUCGUAAAGAAUCCCGUGGUGCUCAUGCCCGUGAAGAUUACAAAACCCGUAUUGAUGAGUUCGACUUCAGUAAACCUUUAGAUGGUCAACAAAGGAAACCCAAGGAAGAACAUUGGCGCAAACACACACUUACAUGGAUUACCGACGACCAAGGUUCAGUUGACAUUAAAUACAGAGCUGUUAUUGAUUCAACAUUGGACAGUACUGUGCAAACUGUGCCACCAGCAAUCCGCUCGUACUAAACCUCGUUAUUUUUAAUUUCUUAAUUUCAAAGCCUCGGACACACAGAUUUAAUAUCACUAUUGCUACAUCCUUCCACUUUUCAACGUAUUAAAUAUUGUGAAACGAAAUACACAAAUUUUUAUCUACAACCAUCUUUUUUUACAAAUGUUACCAAUUUUUAUUUAGAUUUACCUGUUCCUUUUUGUUGUCCUACGUUAAAAAAAAGUUUGAUGUAGGUGUGAAUUCCUCAUUGCUUUCCUAUUCGUUUUAUUUAUUACAAAUCUCCUCUAUCCACUUCGCCUCCUUUUGACGCUUUAAAAGUUGUAGUUGUAAAAUAUAAAUUAAAAAUUGAAAUUUAAGAAAAUAUUCUAAAA